AUGACGGAACUUGCAGUUAAGGAGUGUACUGGUGCUCGCGCAACCGGUUAUGAUACCAAGACUGAGCACAUUCAACAGCGCAAUCCCAGCAGCUGGCGCCCUUGGAAAAAACACCUCUUAUUCUUUGCGCUUAUGUCAAGUUCCAUUUUAGCUGAUGGCAGCAUGACUUGGGGGACCACAUUGAUUGUUCCCCACGCCUCGGAAUGGGGCAUCAGCGUUAAUAGGUCAGCGACAACGAUGAACUACGGCAUACUGUUGCAGGGUGUCGGUGGCUUGAUGGCUAUUCCUCUGAUUGAAGCCUACGGACGGCUUCCGGUUUGGCUCUGGCCUCAAUUUAUCACCACUUUUAUAGUUCUCGGAGCUACACUAUCCAAUAACUAUGGCGCUUUCACCACAUUUCGCUCGCUGCAGGGCCUUUUCGGCACCGUGCCCCAGGUGGUUGGUCUACCGAUCAUCCAUAACAUAUACCCUCCGGAAGGUGCGUCGGGAACGACAUUCCUCGUUGGACCCUUUCUGGGGCCUGCGCUGGCCGGCUAUAUCAGGGCUAGCGGUGACUGGAAAGUAUCAUUUGGGAUUCUUACCGUCUUCUACAGCUUAUCAACACUCCUUAUUUUUUUCUUUAACUAUGAAACUUAUUAUGUGCCUGGCCGCCAGUAUCAGCGGAACAGUCGUCUCCUGUCAAUGGUCGGCGUCAAACACCACAAUCUCUCCGCUGGGCCGACCUUGCUUUACUGGUGCAAGACCAUGGUGAUCUACAUCUUCAAGCUUCCUUUACUACUGACUGGGAUCGCGACCAUGGUCAACUUCUGCUGGCCAAUCGGUAUUACGGUCACCGUGUCCACCUUCGUGACCGAGCCCCCCUACUUGUUCAACACCGUCCAGUCGUCCUCGCUACGAUGUGCUGCUAUUCUGGGCGCGCUACUCGGCUGGGUCUACGGUUACUGGUUCAAUGGCUGGGUUAGUCGGUCCAGCCCGACGACAUACUACACGGAGAAGCGACUUCAUGGGGUUUGGGCGGCCAUCAUCACCAUGGCCUGUGGUCUGCUUACCUACGGCGCCACACUGCACUAUGGUAAGCAUUGGAUCGGGCUGGGCUUCGGAUGGCUAAUGGUGGUCGCCGGCAUGGUGGCGAGUACGGUAUCCAUUACCGCCCAUGCGCUAGAGAAAUAUCCCGAGCAGUCUACGGUGGUCUCUGCCAUCAUCAAUGCUUGGCGCACCGCGAGUGGAUUCUCGGUGGGCUAUUUCCAGCCCGCUUGGAUCCAACGUGAUAGAAUCGCUGCGGUCUUGGCACACAAGCCGCCGACGUGGUGGCUAAUAUGA